GUUGUUUGUUUCCGGUGGCCCGACCCUACCUAAUUUUUUGCCGCCGGUCCUAAUCUUUUUUGAGCCCAAAAUUCGAAAAAAAUCGGACCGCGUAUUUUUCGGCGCGCUCAAUAAGCGUUCAACGUUAUCGGCGCCGUACAUUAAACUUUCAACAUAAACAAGAUGGCGGCGCCCAGCGCUAGCACGUCGAAUGCAGCAUCGUCAGUUCUUGCGAUAACAUUUUUCAAAUGCAAACAUCUGGAGGAGCAAAAACUAAUAAAAAAUGUUUCUCUCAAAGCAGAUGGACGAUUUAUUCCAGGAACAUCACUCUCGAGACAAAACUGUCACUUACACAGUGAAGUGUAAGACGGACAUGUCAAAAUCGGCUGAAAGUUUUGAGAUCGAAGGUGGAAUGUCCGUUGGAACACUAAGUGACCGUUUCCAAAUUAAAUGUCUGGAGUUCACCUGUAUGAGUAGGAUGAAUGCGGACGAUGAGAAAGAUGUACAGGAAGUUUUAAAGGAAACAAACAAAAAGGCUGUGGAUGCGUUUAAGUUGCUUAUGACAGGGGGAAGACGAUUGUUUACGAAAAGAAAAACUUCAAGUUCGGGUGUUAAAGAUGGUUUGUCAAGGAAGGACGAGCUGUUCAAUGAUUUGGUUGGGGACUUUGAAAAACAGGGGCUAGACUGGCCAAGUAGUCAAGUAUCCAUGGAAGGAGCUUACUUUAUUCAGAUCCUAUGCAAUGCUCUGUGGUACCUUACAAGUCAUCAUGAAGUGAUAAAUGAUACAGCCAAUCGCCAACAAGAUGUCAAACCCAUUCCUGAGGUUUUUAGCAGUUAUUCAGGUUACAAUGAUGUGAAAAGGAAAAAAAUGAAUGGUCAACAGAUGUCACAGUCAGAUCUCGCCAGUCAUAGUCAGGCCUUGUACAGCCUUUUGAUGAAACCAGUUGUUAAAAGCACACCUGCAUGGAACGAAGCUUUCAUAAACAUCCAGAUGUUAGCCAAUUGUAUGGACUCGUACAAGACUUACUUACAUGAACAACUGGAGACUCAAACAGAAAACCAGAAGCAACUUCAUCCAUGUAAACCUAUAUCAGAGAAUGCUACUGUUGAGCAUAGGAAGAAAGUAGAUUUUAUUGCACAAAGAUAUUCGAGAAUUGAUCAAGUUAUGAGAGAUGCAGAUGAAAUGUCACCAGUAUUUUUUGAUGAAACUUUACAUCUUAAAGAUCAGUUUGAAGAUUCCAAACAAAGAUCAAGAUUUUUUGAAAACUUGUUUUUGACUGUGCCGGUGUUUAUUAUAAGAUAUUGUCCAGGUGGGUCAAGGGUUACAACUUCUUGCUUGAUCAAAUAUGCUGAUAACAAACCACCAGAGGCGAAGAUACUUAUAGAUGGAGCCCGUUUGUUAAACAAAAUACAGAGCAGACUUAAUGAAGUACACACUAGGGCGCAAAAGAAAGCAUUUAAAGAGAAGAUUGAUUUGAUUACGACAAUGACUCCCGCAGUGAGAAGCAUCAUUUACAGUCAUUUAACAACUGAUGGAUCGGCGUCCUGUAAUCCUGAAAUGCAGGAAAGAUUAAGGUUGAUUUCCCUUGGAAACACAGAAAUAGUAGAUGAUUUGAGGCAUCUUAAUACAGGUAGACCAAAGGCUUUUGAACCAUUCUUUGACAAGCUUGAAGAAGUUAUUGAAGAAGUCACAGCUGCUGAUGACAGGAGGCAUAACACAGCACAUCUUAGUCAGUGGUUUUCUGUGGAAGAACUCAUCGAAUGUACUAAAGCACGGUUACCAGAAGACACACCCGUACCAUCUGGAAGCUUAGUAAGGCUACAGUUUGCCCCAAAAAACCCCUUCACUCACAGGGCACUCUGUUUUACUGGAAGAUUCGAUGUGCAGUAUAAAGUUCAGCGAAGGCAGCUUCGUGUAAGCCAUCAAGAUCAGCAUUAUUGUGCCGCAAUUCUGAAAUAUUUCAAACAUAUGGCUGUUGAACAAAAAGAUGCCAAACCAGUAGUGUUGUUCUGUGAUGACAAAGCAAAGAUACCAGUUGGCGAGCCUGAGGCGCCAGUAUCAACAGGUGUUAGAGGGAAAAAGACUCUUGCACCAACAGAAACAACGUUAAUAGCUCUUGAUCAUGACAUGACAAAAGCAUCAAUCACUCCCUCUGUCUAUCUGUCAUGUCAUGUUCCAGACACAGUGGACAAAUCGUUUGUACGAGGUGUUGUAACAACUGUCACUAAUGACUCUGUAUUUGAAACCUCGGGUCCAUUCAGACAUGCAGCGACAAUAUGUAAAAUGCUUAAGAAUGAACAGCCCAAGAUAGUGAUGAAAUAUACAGAUGGAGGAACUGAUCAACGAAAUAACUUGGAAUCAGUCAAAUGCGCCAAUAUCUGUGUAUUUAAAGAACUGAAUCUAGACAUGUUAGUUCAUGCCAGAUGUGCACCAGGGCACAGCUGGACCAAUCCGGCAGAGAGAGUCAUGUCUGUUUUGAAUAUAGCUCUGCAGAACUGUUCACUUGAGAGAGAGAAGCUGGCUGACGAACACGAGAAAGAGUUCCAAAAGUGUAACUCAAUGGCGCAAUUAAGAGAAGUCGCUGCAAAGAAGCCAGAGGUAAAAGUAAAAUGGAGGGAAUCAAUUGAGCCAGUCCAGAGUACCAUCAGGAACAGAUUUUUGCGCCUCAAGCUAAAAGACCACCCAUUUCAAGCCCUUGACCCCAUGACAGAAACCGAUAUCGAUGUUGUCAAGAGGCAUCUUCGGGAACUUUUCCCUACAUUGGAUACUGAUAAACUUCAAAAGGUUCAUACCAGUAAAGUUCCAGAGUAUGCGGACUGGAUGUCCAGACAUAGCCGUCAAAGUCAUUACAUCUUCCAGUUGAAGAAAUGUCAAGACGCAGAUUGCUGUAUUCCUGGAGAAAAUAUCGAUACACCUUGGCUGCCUGAUCCAAUGUUAGAUGAAACUGGUGAACAUUACUACCCCUAUGAUGUUGCGAAAACCAUGGAAACCUCAGAAGCCUGUCGACCAUCACUCAAACAAACAAAAACAUUAAUCAAACAAACAAAAAAGACGAAAUCCAGUGCAGGUAAAAGUCAAACCACGCACGACAACCCAUAUGGUGAUGAGCUGCAAGUAGAAGAACCCACACAACAUGAAACCCCGAAUGAUGGGAACGUUCAAGACACGUCUCUCUACACAACCCAGAAUGCGCGGGCUCUUGUCACAUGUGUUGAGUGUAGAAAGCCUAGAGUGAUAUACUGCAAACAAAGACUAACUGAAAGAAGCAGGCUAUCUUUAGCCAUAACAUUGAGUGAACUCGACUUUGUUUGUGGAUCGCCAAUUACAAAACCAUCCAGCAAGCUAACAGUCAGUUGCAGACCAUGCGAAUGUGCCACCCCAGUAGAAAUCCCAUAUUAUGGAAGUGCCUUAGGGCAAACUGAUGUAUGUGCCUUUUGUGGAAGUUCUGGUGGAGAGGUUGAUCAAGACCUAAAGUUGAAUUUCAAGACUGUCCUACCAUUAUGCAGUCCAUGUAAACUGAAUGGCCUGAAGCCAAUUGUAUUCCGACCAUAUGGAAAGAAUAAGUGAUUGUAUCUUGAAAAAGCUGCAUAAUGGUAGGACAGUCUUGAAAUUCAUUUUCAUAGUACAGUCAAGUUACCAUUACCGGAUCAUUACGCAUAGCGGAUCACUUUGAUGUACAAGACUGCGUUUUGCGAUAAAUAGUUGAAAUUGUUAGAUGAUAUUUUGCACAUAGCAUCUUCAAGGCCUAUUAUUUAAACGCAUUGAUUGAGUCGUAAUUAGAGCGUCUCUUUGUCAAACAUUUCGGUAUGUUUUGCUGACAUGUAUAUAUACGACUUUGUUGACUUCUGUCUCGUUUCCAAAUCGAGGUUGAACAUUUUUUGUGGCCACUUGCUAUAACUCUGUUGGAAAGUAAGAAGUUUACCCAUUAUUUUAAAGGCCAUUUAGUAGUCUUUCGGCAUGCAAAAGUCCAUUUCAGUUUUGAUUCAUGUUUAAGAUUUUGUCUGCGUGUAAAAAUAAGACUAUGUGCUAAAUCAGUUGGCAACGGUAAUUUUUAAUCAAACUGGUGUUAAAGAAGUCUCAAACCGUUCAUUGUUUUUCACCAGCACAACUUAAUUACGCUACUGAUCCGGUAAUGGUAACUUGACUGUACUGUUGAAGGAAAAAGUAAUACCAGUUUGUGUCUUUGCCAAAGUUUUGACAAUUUUAAGUCAUUCAAAUGGUCUGCAACUGACUGUUUUAAUAGCUUGCUGGAUGGUUUUGUAAUUGGCAAUUCAAGAUAGCAAUUUUUUUUCCACAAUGGAAUACAAAGUUUAAAGAUUUCAUGUUUUAAAAUCCUCUUUAACGACUGGGUGCAUCUCUACUAAACUUUUACAUUGGAUCUCCAAGAAAUGAAUAUAGAAUUAUUUCUGGCAGGAUUAUGGUCCUUUGUCUUUUUUUUCACUUUUGAAUUUAUUAUUACAAAAUUGUGUGUGUUCAACUCCUUUGCUUGACAAAUUUUGCUUCAACUUUCACAGCUGAAUGUAAAGAUGAUCAUUAUGGUAGGACUUCUGACUGCAAACAGUUCAGCCAUUUUUCAUUUUGUCUACUGAAUAUAUAGUGUAUUUGUCUCUGUCCAAGCAUAAUUGUCCAUGUCAAAAUUCUAGUUAUAUUUAAUAAGUAAAAAUGUUAUCAUUUUCAGGGCAAGCACAGUCAUAGUGCUAUAGUGGGGGACAUAUUGUUUUUGCCCUGUAUGUUGGUUCAUUUGUUUGUUUGUUUGUUUGCCCCAACUUUAACAUUUGCAAUUACUUUUGCAAGAUUGAAGAUAGCAACUUCAUACUUGGCAUGCAUGUGUAUCUCAUGGACCUGCACAUUUUGAGUGGUGAAAGGUCAAGGUCAUCCUUCAAGGUCAAAGAUUUAGCUUCAAAGCGGCGCAGUAGGGGACAUGGUGUUUCUAACAAACACAUUUCUUGUUUAAAUUUAUAAGUAUAGUUUGAUACAAGAAGCAUUAAAUUUCUGCUUUUCUGUGCUUGGUGUGAUUUGAUUUUGUGCUUGUUUAUUGAUUUUUGUGUGUGUAAUUGUAUGUAUAUAAUACAAGUCGUAAUAAAUUUUCUGUUCUGUU